UGAAGGUCAAUGCUUUAAAAAUCAAUCCGUGCCGACUCGUCGCAGUGCUGCUGACUGUCUGCCAGCGUGCGUUCAUCUGCUGACCUGAGAGAAGAAGGAAAAAGAUCUGCCAAGAUGACAGAGAAAAAAGAAUUCGGAGUGGAGCUCCACUGUGAAGCCAACAACAAAGUGCACCACACCAGCGAUAUCUCCGUGGAAAAGCUGAUUGUGAGGCGAGGUCAGUCCUUCACUCUGACACUCAAACUGACGCAGGCUUUUCAGGACCAGCUCUUCAUCACGACAACCACAGGGGAUCAUCCCAGUGAGGAGCGGGGGACGACUUGCCUCCUCUCUAUCCCAGACGGCGUGAAGCGUUCACCAAAAGCAAUAGCGGUGUGGAAGAUUGAGCUUGAUAAUAAAUCCUCCCCGAGGACGGGCGUCCUGGUCCUGACCAUCACCCCCCCAGCUGACGCCCCUGUAGGAAAGUACAAAAUGGUUGGGACUUAUAAAGGAAAGGAAAUGCCGCUGGCAUCGCUGAUGAUGCUCUUCAAUCCUUGGUGUCGCGAGGACUGGGUGUUUCUGGAUGAUGAAAAGGAGAGACAGGAGUACGUGAUGAAUGAAAAAGGAGUAAUAUUCUUCGGAAGCACAAAGUACAUAAUGGAAUCUCACUGGGGCUAUGGACAGUUCGAGGCGAACAUGGUGGACAUUUGUAUGAAUUUGUUGGACCUCAACCACAAACACGAGGACGACCCCGCUGAUGACGUUUCAGCUCGCUGUAACCCCAUCUACGUUGGCCGUGUGAUCAGUGCCAUGAUCAACAGUGAGGAUGACUGCGGUGUGUUGGAGGGAAAUUGGGGGCGUUCUUUUGAGGGCGGACAUGCACCCACUCACUGGACCGGUAGCAGUGCCAUCCUUACAGAGUGGCUCGAAAACCAGUUCGAACCAGUCAAAUAUGGACAGUGCUGGGUGUUUGCCGGAGUGAUGUGUACAGUGAUGCGGUUUUUUGGAAUCCCCUGCCGCGUGGUCACCAACUUCUCUUCAGCUCACGACAACAACGCCAAUCUCACCAUCGAUCGAUACCAUUCUUUAGAUGGAAUCGUGGGUAAAGAAACCAAGGACAGUAUUUGGAACUUCCACGUGUGGGUGGAGGGGUGGAUGAGGCGGCCAGAUAUGUCAAAAGACGGUGAUUACGACGGCUGGCAGGUUCUGGAUCCGACACCGCAGGAGCUGAGCCAGGGUGUUUUCUGCUGCGGUCCAUCCCCAAAAGCAGCCAUCCUGAACGGAGACACAGACAUCAAAUACGAUACUCCGUUUGUCUUUGCUGAGGUCAACGCUGACUCUGUCGAUUGGCUGGUCAAACCUGACGGUUCACUGGAGAAAAUAGAGGCUUCCACUGACUUAGUGGGACAACAUAUCUCAACAAAAGCUGUGGGUAGUGAUGCAAGGGUCGACAUCACCAACACCUAUAAACCUGAGGAGGGAAAAAUAGACGAAAGGGUCGUCUUCAGAAGAGCCGUCUUCAAACACUUCAAGCACCUUAAUAAGAUUAGAGAGGAGGAGAAGAAGAAGAGGGAGACGGAGACGUUGGAGAUUCACACGUUGGAGACGGAGAUAAGGGAGAUGGAGAGGAAUGGAAUUCCAAACAGGAUAGGGAAUGUGUCCACAGGAGAGACAGACGGGGAAACAACUGAAGUCAUCCUCCCACCGCCAAAAGUGUCCAUACGAUUUGAAGAGGUGUCAAAGCCGAUUAACGGUAAGGAUGUGAGCCAGAAAUUGGUGCUGAGCAGUGAAAGUACUGCUGACAGGCCGCUGAUCAUCAACAUCGCCGUUCAAGCCAUGAACUACACCGGACACCUAGCUGGAAACAUCCAGGGAGAGAAGUUGGAAAAGACACUGCUGCCAGGAAAAGAUCUGACAAUGCCGAUCGUGGUCCCGUUCUCAGUCUACUCUAAGCCCAUGUUGGAGUGUGACAUCAUGAAGAUCUCAGUCCUGGUUAAAGACAAAGAGAAGCCAGACCACCCAUACCUGAGAGAGGUCGACCUUGUGCUGCUUGACCCACCGAUCUCCGUCACUAUUUUUGAUAACGUCAAACUGAAGACUCCUGCAAAUGCAGAAAUCUCUUUCAUGAACCCUGUAAACGAGACGCUGAAGAACUGCACUUUGACCAUCUCUGGAACUGGCCUCUGGAAAGGAGAGUACGAAGUCAAACUCAGAGACCUUAAACCAAACAGACGGAUACGUCUCAAGUUUUACAUCGUCCCUUACAAGUCCGGAGAGAGGACCCUGACUGCCGACUUUGACUGCUCCCUCUUCAGAGACAUCAAAGGCCUGUGCACCGUCACCGUCAGACCCUAAAUCCUCGAGUUGACUCGGAAACAAGACAACUCAUUCAUUCAACUCAUUUUUGGGGUUCAAUAUAUUUGGUCUAGUACAUUUUUGUCUUUUGGGCACACAAAUUAAUGAGGUGUUCUCGGAUAAGAGAGCAUCACACCAUAUGCACGAAUAAAAUGUUUGUGAAAAAUC